AUGGUAGAAGUAACUUUUAGCGAAUCCAGUGCUGAUACAUAUAUAGAAUCGACAAAAUGUGAAGUGCUAUGUUUUAGAAAGGAGAAUGGGCAUGCCUCAGGAACCAGGGGAAAUGCGCGUGAUAGAAUAGGCAACGUUAACCUUUUUAAAGUUCUUAUAUUUUUCCUUUUAAUAUGGAUAAUACAGUGCUCAGGCGAGGACAGGAUUCAUAAAGUCAAGAAUGAUGGGGUAAUUCCCCAAUGCUUAGGCAUCUACAGAUUAUUAGCAGAGUCCGAAGUGCAAUUCGAUGCAGUAUUCGAUUUAUAUAAGAAAAACUUUUUAAAUAAAAUGGGAUAUACUGAUGAGGAUUCGGAAAGAAUCAAAACAACUGUAAAACCACAUUUAGAUCAAACGGAAAGUAUGGGCAUGGAUGAGGAGCACCGGAAGAAGUUGGAAGGUUGCGAGCAUAUUAUAAAACAAGGCAGUGACAAUAGCAUUUCCAAGUUUUCCAGCAAUUUCAGAGUAUUGUCUUCUCCCUAUUUUCUUGCCUUGUGUUCAUUCAUAUCGUAUUAUAAUGGAUAUUACAGAUUUUUUUUAGCUAUGGUGGGCAUAAUGAUUUUGAAAUUUAUAAAUUUCUUUUGGGAUUUGGAAUAUAUCUUUAGAAACAUGAAAGCAAGUACGUAG